CUGGUUGCAAUAUAAGAUCGGUGUUUUGCAUGUUGUACUUUCUUUUUUCUCCUGUCCGUUUGCAUGUCCAGUUUCUAAGCACUGGUGCAGUGUUUGAAGAGCGGACUUUUAUUUUGGUGUUUUCUCCGUGGCUGUAAUGACGUGUGUAUAGUCACAUUAUUUGUUGUCCCUGGUACACCAUCUUCAGGUUCCUUCGCUUUUAAUGCACUCCUACUAUCUGUGAUUUCAUAUUGCUGUCGUUAAUCUGUGUCUUUGGACAGCUAUGCUGCCUGUAGUGGUGGUGCAUGGAGGUGCUGGUCAUAUUCCUAAAGAAAGAGCUGAACUCUCUACUAUCGGUGUAAAGGAGGCAGCCAGGACUGGGUAUGCCAUCCUCCAGAAGGGUGGAAGUGCCAUGGAUGCUGUGGUUGAAGCAGUGGCCCUGAUGGAGAUCAACCCGAGAUUCAAUGCAGGUCGGGGGUCAGUGCUAAAUGUGAAGGGGGAGGUGGAGAUGGAUGCAAUGGUAAUGGACGGAAGGACUCUAGAUAGUGGGGCUGUUUCAGCGGUCAGAAGGAUCGCUAACCCAGUGCAGCUGGCCAGGCUUGUCAUGGAGAAGACCAAACACUUGUGUCUGACAGCUGAAGGGGCCUCUAAGUUUGCCAGAAGCAUGGGUGUACCGGAAGUGCCUGAGGAGUCAUUGAUCACAGACUAUGCCAAGAUGCGCUGGAAGAAGAACCUGCAGCCAGAUGCCAACCCUGUGGAAUGCCAAAUGGGCAAGAUGGGAACAGUCGGUGCAGUAUCUGUGGACAAAGACGGGAACAUUGCUUGUGCCACAUCCACUGGUGGAAUGAUAAAUAAAAUGGAGGGUCGUGUGGGAGACACACCAUGUGUUGGAUGUGGGGGCUAUGCAGAUAACAAUAUUGGGGCUGUCUCCCCCACAGGCCAUGGGGAAGCCAUCAUGAAGGUCACGCUGUCUAGACUCGUUCUCUUCCACAUGGAGCAAGGCAAGACCCCAGAGGAAGCUAGUGACCUGGCUCUUAUGUAUAUGAAGGAGCGGGUGGAUGGUCUUGGCGGGGUGGUGGUGGUAGAUGCAAAAGGGACCUGGGCAGCUCGGUUCAGCAGUUUACAGAUGUCAUGGGCCGCUGCCCAGCAGGGUGAACUCCACUAUGGGCUGUACCAUGGCGAAAACUUUGUUGAGCCUGUACAAGAGAACAUAUAAUGACAUAUAUUUAUAUGCACAUUUUAGUUGAUUAAAUUUUUACAAUCAGUAUUUAAUACAAAGGGAAAUGCGCAUACAUGCAAAUCAAUGUUUGUCUAAAUACAUAUAUACCUCAUGCCGGUAAGUAUUAUUAUACAUUUUGAAGUUGAUCUUCUCUACACCUAACAGUAAAGCAAGUCUUGCAUAGAUUGAUUGGCCAUAUAACUACUAUAACACUCCUUUUUGAGGGCAGUGUAACUGUCCUUAGUGGUAAUACUGUAUUUUCUCCACUAGAUGGAGGUCAAAUUAUGUUUUUGGAAUCAAGUGAAUUUAAUUUGUUGUAAGGUGCAGUGCACAUUUAAAGGGAUAGUUCACCCCAAAAUGCUAAUCCUGUCAUCAUUUACUCAGCCCUCAAGUUCAUCCAAACCUGGUAGAGUUUCUUUCUUUUGUUGAGCACAAAAGAAGAUAUUUUGAAGAAUGUUGGUAACAAAACAGUUGAUGGUAGCCAUAGGUUUCCAUAGUUUGAGUAUAACUUCAAAAUAUCUUCUUUUGUGUUAGUAAAUGUUGACAGAAUUUUCAUUUUUGGAUGAACUAUCCCUUUAAUAAUAAUUACAAAAUUGUAAAAUAGAUGUUAUACAUAUUUUGCAACUUUGAUUUGACUGUGAAAAUAAUACUAAAGCAGUAGAGAUAAAAAUGCUGUACAUGUACUGUGAAUGGCACCCGUGAACCUAAGUCAAAAUAUCUUGGCAGACUUACCAGACGGGUUUUAUAACUGAUUUUGAAGAACAGAAAUCAUGAUUCAUUCCUGAAGUAGUUCAGCGUAUCAUUUCCUUCUGAAAGAGAAAGCAGCUUAUUAAAGCACAAAUUAUUUUUAACCAGUAGAUCAUGUUGACAAUUGAACAAACAAUGCAGCAGUUUUAUAAUGGUCUAUAUUCUGUGAGAACGUUAGUGCCAGAAGAAACUUUGUAACAUGUUUUUAAGUAUGUCGGUGUCAUCGCACUAUUUAGACUGAUUAUGAUGGCUGAACUUCUGUUGGAAGGUGAAAAUGUGCAGAAAAAAUAAAAAUAAAAAAAACCUUU